CCGCGUGAAAGUCAAAGGAGCUCCACUAAUUACUGCAUUAUGGGAAAAUUUGCUUUCAAAUUUGAAAAAUGAUUCUCUGUAUCGUGUGUGUGUGUGUGUGUGUGUGUGUGUGUGUGUGUGUGAAAAGAGGAACUGAAUCUGUAGUGGUUCAGUUACCAUGUGUAAGCAUAAUUAAUUCUUGGUGGGCAGUAGAGAACGUGUCUGCAGUGGCUUGCUCGGCGGUGCAGCAUGCAGACAUACUCCAGCAGCAGUCAGCCGGGUAACAUGCUCGACGCCCCCGCUCCACGCCUCGCCUCAGCUCCCGGCCAGCCCGCAGCCCCCGCCCCGGUGAGGCCGCUGAGCUGGGCGCCGCACAGCCCCACACUGGACCAAGAGAAGGCCGCCAAGGAGAAGGUGGAUUCGAACGCUGGUCCCCGACUGUGUGACCUGGAGAAGGAUGGAGUCCAGGACGCUGCGCUGAGGCCCACCCUGCUGCAGGUGGCGACCAUCCUGCUGUCGUCACUGGCCAUGCUGCAGUUCGGCAUAAGCUACUCCUGGCCCAACUCCCUCGCCGGCGACCUCCGCACCGACAACUCCACGCUCCUUGGCCACCAGAUCUCCGUCACCUCCGUCGGCCACGACCUCGUCGGCAGCCUGAUGUUCGCGGGCGGCGUGCUGGGCACCAUCCCGGCGAGCUGGCUGGUGGGGAAGUUCGGCCGCCGCAUCUGCAUGGUCGCCCCGAGCCUGCCCAUCUCUCUUGGCUGGGCGCUCAUCGCCUUCGCGCACAACGACAUCCUCAUUUUCGUCGGCAGGUGCCCCUGCCCCGCGCCCCUCUACAGUAACGCCUCGCCGCCCCGCAGGUUCGUCACCGGCCUGAGCCUCGGGAUGAUGGUGCAGGCCUCCGAGAUCUACGUGGCGGAGAUCUCCAACGCCAGCAUCCGCGGCACGGCGUGCACCUUCAUGGAGAUAGUAAAGCUGGGCGGCUUCGUGCUGGUGGUCGCGGUGGCCAUCAAGGUGUCCUGGUACGUCAUCGCCGGCGGCCUCGCCGUGCUGGCGCUGGUGUACGGCGGCGCCAUGCUGGCCGUGCCCGAGAGCCCCAACUUCCUCGCCGUGCAGGGCAGGGAAGAAGAGGCCCGCCGAGUCCUCCGGCGAUUCCGAGGCCCCGGGGCGGACGUGGACGCGGAGCUGGCCCUCCUGAGGCACCGCAACCAGCGCAGCGACGGAGCCUCGGGGUUCGCGGCGCUGCUCAAGCGGGACGUGCUGAGGAGCGUGGCGGCGCUGCUGCUGCUGAUUACGUUUCGGAGCAUGUGUGGCUGCGAGAUGAUCACCGUGCACUGCACACGCAUGCUGCUGGCCACCGGCGUCGCCCUGGACCACACGCUGGGCACCCUCAUCGUCAACUCGGCCUACUUGCUCGGGGGGCUCUGCCUCACCGUGCUGGUGGACCGCCUGGGCCGCCGCCGGUCCAUGCUGGUGUCCCUCGCCGUCAUGCUGGCGGGCAACACCGUGCUGGGCUGCUACUGCUACUCCUUCCCGGCGAGCGCCGUGCCCGGUCUGGACAUCGAGCUCUUGUCUCCGCUGGACACCAACACGACGGUCUCCUACCUCGCCGGCAACACGACUGUUCCCUACAUCGCCGGGCUGAGUGACGCCGGUGACUCGGAGCGCCUGCUGCCACUGCUCUGCUUCCUGACCGUCGCCUUCGGGGCCGGCCUGGGUAUUGCCGACAUUCCUCUGGUGCUGAUGGUCGAGUACUUCCCGACCAACAUCAGGGCCGAGGGCUGCGGGCUAUGCCUGACGUGGAUGCUGGUGUGCAGCACGACCAUGCUGCAGCUGUACAGCGUCCUCCUGGACAGCCUCACCAUCGCCGGCAUCUACUGGUUCUUCGCUCUCAGCACCGUGGCCGCCACGGUGCACACGCUCUGCUGCAUCAGGGAGACCAGCAAGUGCGACAUUGGCUGA